AUGGUAAUAAGGAUAACUAACAGGGUUCUUGGGAAGUUCAGGAGGGAAUGUGAGUGGGCAAAGAGGGCUCUGAGCAGUCAGCAUCAAGUUGGUGUAGAGGUUGAAUCUCUUUUUGAUGGAGAUAAAAUAAAGUUCUCUCUAUCACCAUCAAAGUCGAAGGACUCUUUAUCAACUAAUGCUCCUGGUAUGAUAAUAAAGGCACUUAAUCUUUACAGGAAAAAGACUGGAACAGACAAGCACUUUUGGAUUCAUCUUGAUAAGAAGGUACCUACUGGGGCUGGUCUUGGUGGUGGGAGCAGCAAUGCUGCAACAGCCUAUAUCCAUAUUUGUUUGCAUAAUUUAUGUGACAUUAAAGUACUUGAUUGUAAUGCUAUGCUUCAAAUUAUAUCACAGGGAAUAACAUCUGUUGUCUUGGCUGAGCUCAUCAUUUCAGCUUUUAAAGUACUUGGCAGAGCGUUAAUUGACCAAAAUUUCUUGUUCUUAGGCGCUGGAGGUGAGCUUGUUCAUCUUUAA